ACAAGUGUACAGUUGGUCAGCGGUUAUCCUCCUGGAUGAAGACUCUCGAAAUGGCAGUGGUUGAGCCGAAUUCUGUGACAUAUUUCUGCGCUAUUUUAGCGUGGAAACUCUUUGCAGGAUGUUUAUAGUACAUCUUAACAUCUUAAAUGGAUAUAUAGAAUUUAAAACGCCUGAAAAUGACUACGUUAGAACUGUAUACGAAGGGAGCUCGGGUAUGGAUACCUCAUGAUCAAGUUGUAUGGAUUGGUGGAGAAUUAACCAAAGAUUUAAAAGAGGACGGUGUCCUAGAGAUUGAGUUGGAAGAUGGAAAUGACAUUACUGUUGAUGUUUCUAAGGACAAGAAAAAGCUUCCUCCUUUGAGAAACCCUGAAAUCCUUGUUGGCGAAAAUGACCUUACAACCUUGAGCUACUUACACGAACCAGCCGUGUUAUACAAUCUUCAAGUGCGUUUCCUUCAGUCUAAUGCGAUAUACACUUACUGCGGUAUUGUUCUGGUGGCGAUUAACCCUUAUCAACAGCUCCCUCUCUAUGGGCCAGACAUCAUAUCUGCCUACAGUGGGCAGUCCAUGGGUGACAUGGAUCCACAUAUCUUUGCUGUUGCUGAAGAUGCUUUUAGAGCCAUGGCAAGAGAUGGGCUGAACCAGUCAAUCAUUGUGAGCGGCGAGAGUGGUGCAGGUAAGACAGUAAGUGCCAAGUAUGCCAUGAGGUAUUUUGCAUCAGUGGGCGGAGCAUCCACAGAGACACAGAUUGAAAAGAAGGUCUUGGCGUCUAAUCCUAUUAUGGAGGCCAUUGGUAAUGCAAAGACAAUACGCAAUGACAACAGCAGUAGAUUUGGAAAGUACUUGGAGAUAGCCUUUGACAGAAACUAUCACAUUAUGGCUGCUCACAUGAGGACAUAUCUACUGGAGAAAUCCCGAGUUGUAUUUCAAGCACCUGAUGAAAGGAACUAUCACAUUUUCUAUCAGCUGUGUGCUGCUUGUGAUAUCCCGGAACUCAAAGAUCUUAGACUUGCACACCAAGAUAACUUCUACUACUUGAAUCAGGGAGAAUGCCCGUAUGUGUAUGAAGUUGAUGAUGGAGAAAAUUUUGAGGAGAUGCGUGAAGCUAUGGAUCUUGUGGGAAUCAUGGAGGACGAACAGCUCAUGAUCUUUAGAAUCUUAGCUGGUAUUCUACACAUUGGUAACAUAUAUAUUCAUGCAUCUGGAGAGGAAGAGAGUGAAAUUGAUGACAGUGACUUUCAUCUCACAGUUGCAGCAGACCUUCUGGGUAUAGAUAGAAGUCAAUUUAAGAAGUGGCUUUGCAAUCGCAAAAUUGUCACUGUGCAGGAAGUGUUAAUCAAACCACUGAAUUCUGAAGAGGCCAAUUCUGGAAGAGAGGCCAUCUGCAAGCACAUUUAUUCACAGCUUUUUAAGUGGAUUGUUCAAUGUAUCAAUAAUUCUCUCACUACUGGAGUCAAACAUCACUCAUUCCUUGGAAUUCUUGACAUUUAUGGAUUUGAAACAUUUGAAGUGAACAGUUUUGAGCAGUUCUGUAUCAACUAUGCAAAUGAAAAACUCCAGCAACAGUUUACACAGCAUGUUUUCAAACUGGAGCAGGAUGAAUAUGUGAAGGAAGAGAUUGAGUGGUCAUUCAUCAAUUUUUAUGACAACCAGCCAUGUAUUGACUUGAUUGAAGCCAAGCUGGGAAUCCUUGACUUACUUGAUGAAGAGUGUAAGAUGCCAAAAGGAGCUGACAGCUCAUGGGUACAGAAACUCUACAAACAACACCUGAAGAAACAGCAUUUUAGCAAGCCACGACUGUCACAAACAGCUUUUAUUGUUCACCACUUUGCUGAUGAUGUGGAAUAUGAAGUCACUGGGUUUGUAGAGAAAAACCGCGAUGUUGUCAACCAAGAACAUCUGGCCAUUCUUAAAGCUAGUGAGUUUGAACUGGUCGCUCAAGUUAUUGACUUCAAACCUAAUAAUUAUGAGAUGGUUGCAGACUUGUUUACAGAGAAUGAAGCUCAUUUGAUGCCUCGGAAGAGAGCAGCCUCGAGAACAGGCAAAAAUGUCACCAAAUCCAAGCGAAGUGUGGGAUCAGAGUUUCGUGAAUCCCUUUCCAAGCUGAUGGCAACUCUAAACAGCACUGUUCCUCAUUACAUCCGCUGUAUCAAACCAAACGACCGCAAAGCACCUUUUGAGUUCAACCCGCAGAGGACCAUACAACAGCUCAGAGCAUGCGGAGUACUGGAAACUGUACGGAUCAGCGCCGCAGGCUACCCCUCUCGGUGGAGAUAUGACGAGUUCUUUAAUCGUUACUGUAUGUUGCUCAAGUUUGAAGCCAUUAACAGAAGAAAGCCUCGCUCCACGAUAGAGUUGAUUUUGAAAACGUUCAUUAAGGACCCUGACAAAUUCCAGAUGGGUAAAACCAAAAUCUUCUUCCGUGCUGGUCAGGUGGCAUAUCUGGAGAAACUAAGAGCGGACAAACUGCGAAAUAGUUGUAUUAUGAUUCAGAAGAAUUUCCGAUGUUGGAGAGAGCACCGCCUCUACCUGAAGAUGAGGCUGUCUGCGAUCCUCAUACAGGCCUGGGUACGAGGUUAUCUUGCGAGGAGACUUGCGCAGGACUUGCGAGAAAAGAAGGCUGCGAUCACAAUCCAGCGCUACUAUCGCGGUUAUGUCUGCCGAAAGGAAUUCAAGUCCAUUCGGUCUGCCGCCAUCACGAUCCAGUGCUACACUCGUGGCAUGUUUGCCAGGAGGCUCCGGAUGCAGCUGUUGUAUGAAGCUAAGACAAGGAUAAUCCAACGGUGCUGGCGCAGAUACGGAGCAAGAAAGAAGUACAGGAAUUACAUGAAGAAGGUUGUUUACCUGCAGUCGUGUGUACGGAGGAUGAUUGCCAGGCGUGAACUUAAACAGCUCAAGAUCGAAGCACGGUCAGUGGAACAUUACAAGAAAUUGAACAUUGGCAUGGAGAACAAGAUCAUCACGUUACAACAACGUCUAGAUGAACAGGUCAAAGAAAAAGAACAAGCGAUGGCUGCCGGGCGAGAACUUGAAGCCACCCGAAAAGAACUGGAUCAAGCGAAGCGGUGGAAAGGUCAGUUUGAAUCCACACAGGCCAAGAUGCUUGAGUUAGAACUUGAGAUCAAAGAACUGCGUGAAGAACUUAACGCGGCCAUUAUAGAGAAAGAUGAAACAAAAGAACAGGCCAAGACUGAAAAGGAAGAACUGGAAGAGAUAAACAAGAAAUUGAAAGAAGAGAUGGCAAAGCUGGCAGAAGAGCUUGCUGAAGCUAAAGCAAUCACUGAAAGAGAAGUUUCUAUCAGAGACGAGAUCAUCAACCAAGGUCUUGAAACCCAAAGACAACAGAUGUUAGCAGAAUUUGAAUCUGAACGGACCAAUCACCAGAGAGUAUUACGAGACUAUGAUAGACUAGAGCAGCGCUAUCAAAAUCUACAAGAUGAAUUGGAGAUUGAAAAACUCAGUCCAAUGGUUAGGAAAGAAUUUGAUGGCUUGAUAAGCGUAAGCAGUUCAGAGGCUUCAUUAGUUGAUGCUGUUGAGUUGGAGCAGCAGCAAAAUGAGGACGCGGAAUCUGGAAUCAAAAAGAGCAAGCUUGUGCGAGGACUGAAGAAAAAAAUACGCGAAUUAGAGGACAAAUUAUUAGAAUCUGAACAGGUUCAACCCAAGGGAGAUGUGCCGGGCAUUACUGUAGAAACUACAGCGGAACAUAAACCACCGAGCGAAUAUCAAAUAAUUGAGUCUGAAAAAUACCAACAGGUGGUAAUGGAAAAAGAGGAGUUAGAGAAAGUAAAAGGAAAUCUCGAACAGGAGAACAAGAAGAUAAAUUCCGAGCUUGAGCUUCUUAGGAAACUUGUCAGUCAGAGAAAUAUCGAUAAAGAAGCUGAAUGGGAUAUGAUUAAUGAGAAAAUGAACGAAAUCUCUGCUGAUCGCGACCAGUUGGAAAAUGACAGGAACCGAUUGAGACAAGAACUUAUUCGAUUGGCAUCAGUCGCUAAGGACAUGCAUAAUGUCGAGGAGUUGCUUAGAACUAACCCCGACGAGAGCGCGUACGUGUUACAGGCGGAGAGUCUAAAGAAAGCAAACAACGUGCUGCAAAAUGAACUUCAAGACUUGAUUCAGAAGGAGAAAGAUUUGAAGUUAGCCAACGAAAAGUUGUGGAAAGAAAAGUCCCAGUUACAAAGAGGGCGUGGUUCAUCAUUGUCAUCAAUGGACGGAAACUUCAACAAAGAAGUGGGCCGGUUGGUAACGGAGAAUGUGGAGCUUCGCGAGCAAGUUGAAAAACUAGAGGCAGAACUGGAAGAAUACAAGAAAGGUGCUCCUCCCGUUACUGCGCUUACUCCAUACCGAGGGAGAACACAAUCUUGGAAAGGUGAAAUCGAGCAGAAGAGAAGAGCACAGAGUUUCUUAGCUGGUCAAGAGCCCAAAGCAGGAAAACUGGUUAUGAGGCACGCCGGGCUGCUUAGAAAGUCUUCUCACGCGCUCAAGGAAGGGGAUCUUCUCCCUGUUCCGCCUCAGUUAAGACAGCACAAGAUCCGCGGCAUGAUCGAAUUCUCAGGCGAAGAUGAAGACAAGGUCAUCCAGUAUCUCAUCACUGAUAUGAAUCCCAAGUCCAUGGCGGACGCUAUCCCAGGACUCCCCGCGCACAUCCUGUUCAUGUGCAUCAGGCAUGCUGAUCACGUGAAUGAUGACCGGCGCAUGCAGAGCUUGUUGACCAAUAGUAUUAACAGCAUCAGGAAAGUGGUUAAGAAAAACCCCAAUAACCUAGACAUUUUGGCUUUCUGGCUGGCGAACACCUCACGACUUCUUCAUGAUAUGAAGCAGUACAGUGGAGAUAGGGCUUUUCAAGUGCACAACACUCCUGAACAAAACGAGCAUUGUCUGAAGAACUUUGAUUUGACGGAAUACCGUCAAGUGCUAAGCGACCUGGCCAUACACAUCUAUCAAGAUUUGGUGAAGUGCAUCUGGGAAGCUGUUCAGAAUAUGAUAGUUCCAGGAAUGCUUGAGUAUGAAUCAAUUCCUGGAGUAUCGAGCUCUAAACCGUUUGGUGGUCGAAGUAAAGCUCAUGCUGACAUCACAGUCAAGUCCAUCACGAAACAGCUGUCAAAUUUUCUUGCUAUACUAAAUGCUCAUUGUGUGGAUCCUGAAAUUAUCAAACAAGUUUUCAGACAGCUGUUUUAUUACGUUGGUGCCAACAUGAUGAACAAUCUGCUGCUGAGGAAAGACAUGUGCCACUGGUCAAGAGGAAUGCAGAUCAGAUUUAACCUUAGUCAGUUAGAGGACUGGGUCCGCUUGAAUCAGCUAGAGGGCAGCGGUAUCGUGGAAGCCUUAGAGAACGUCAUACAAGCAACACAAUUACUUCAAGUCAAUAAGAAGACGCUAGAAGACGUGGAUGCGAUUUGCGAAGUCUGCAGUUCUCUUAAUACGCUACAAGUUCAAAAGAUUCUGUCGAUGUACACUCCAGCUAAUGAAUACGAGGCUAGAGUACCUUCGUCUGUAAUCCGUGCCGUGGUGGAGCGAGGACAUAACAAAACGGAACCAAUGUUCCUGAUGAUCGAUACAGCUUACAUGUACCCCUUUACACUACCCUUCACUCCCUCGGCAGUGUCCUUAGAAUCUCUGACCAUCCCUGAAAAUCUCAACCUUGAUUUUCUGAAGGUGGUGUAGAUAUUACGUCAAGAAUUGAUCGGUUACGUGGUGUGUGAUGUAACUUUGGUUUGAAUCGAUAAUGGCGUGCCAUGAUCUGACCAGUCAGAGCGAAGUUGAUUUUGUGUCAGCCAAUCAAAUUCGUAGUAAAAAAUGAUUGGUUAAUGUGACGGAUUGGGGCACCUGGUCUUUGGUUUAAGAAUCAAGCAAGCUGUAUUAUUUUCUCAACACAAUAUGUUUGAUUUUCAAGCGUAUUCUGCUAAUUGAUUCCUCGGUAGGGAGGGGCCAUGUUUGAGGUCAAAGUGUUUCCAAAGCAUCCAAGUAUAAAAUUAACUUUGGUUCUGAAAAAAAACUUUUCUGGGAUCUGUCACAUUAUUGUGCGGUAGUAGCCCAUAAAUCGGACUGCUUCGUUUAGUUGCGAAGGACGUAAAAGAAAUCGUGUUUAAUCUAAUAUAUUAUAGAGAAGGUCUAAUGGCCGUCGAAGUUUACAAACAAGAUUUAUUGUAUAAAUUAUAAUCAACUGAGAAUUGGUUGAAGGAUAUAACGGGAGUCUUGGGGAAUUAAUUAAAAAGGUCAGUCCCAUUACGUGACAAUUAUUAACAUUUAGGAUAUUAUAUAAGAUACUUGCAACUUAAGUUUGCGAACGUUAAGUCCUUGUUAUUUAGGAUUAUUACAAAGACAAUUCUUUGUGAAUUGCUAUAAAAUUCCCGCUGUGUUGCUGACGCUAGCCAUUUCCUUAAGAAGCGAUGUAGCGAAAGACAAAGAAAAAAAGAUCUUACCGGGAUGAGGAAGGAUCUUAGGGUGAGGCUGUGGGGUAUCUGUUUUGAACAAUGUUCGACUAAAUUAUGAAGAAUUGAUAUUUUGCUGGAUUGAUUCAGUAGGAAACCGAAAUAAGGUACAUUCGAUAAAACAAUAGUCACUCAUUUGAGGCAGGGUAGAUCCCACACUUAUUACAUGUGUUAUUUUUUUAUGGGUAAUUCAUAGCUUCUCAAAUCUUUGUAGUGCAUUGCAAUUACUUUUUGUUAGGUAUUCACGUUAUUUCCCUGUCGGUUCAUGCUAACAGCAAUUCAGUCACAAGGCAUGAAUUGUUGUAAAUCGUUUCUUGAUUUUUCUGCGCGCUUUGUCCAAUUUUUUGUAUGGAAUCACGUUUUCAUAUUUUGUAAUCUGUUUAUUAACGAAGUCGUUUCUUUUGAAUUUACGGUAUUUCGUAUUUGUACUUUUGUACUUGUUUAUCUUCUGAGUAUAUUUGUUUAUCAACAGAACAAUGCUAGUAAACAUGUUCAUUUUACAGGAAAAUGAAAAUAGAUUGUGCUGUGAAUACUGACAACUGAGAAGUAUAAAAAGUAACCGGAGGGAAUUCUUUAAGUCGCUGUUGUUCAUGUAUUUAAACAUUGCGUGACGUUCUACUUUGAUCGUCACGUAAUAAAAUACUGUGAUUGUGUGACGAAGGCAGUGUAGGCUAAAUAAUGCACUUCCAAUAUUUUAAUGAAUUGCGGUAGCCUGAUCUGUAAUUAAUUUAGGUUCUGAAUUUCUCGCUAAGAAGUGAAUGGUGAACACUGACUUGCGAUAGGUAUUAAUUUCUCCAAAAAUGUCAGUACAAAUUUACGCUUGCUGGUUAUAAGGCUUAGGGAACUGAUCACCAAAAUUAUUUACGUAUAUAAAAUAGUCGUAGUCUUCAUUACAAUAACGAAGCGCGCGAAGGCUAAAAUUAGGAUGCAAAUUAUUGGAAUCCCGCGAGAGUCAGACAACAUUAGCAU